AUGCCAAUCUCAACAAGACACCGAGAUGGCCGGAGGCAUUCUCGGUCAUCUGAUGAAGAAUAUGUCGUUUUUAUCCAAGGUAUCCCGCCCCAGUGUCGGUGGCAGGAACUGAAAGAUCUUGUACGUCAAACUGCACUACAUAUACGACAGGCGGUAGUUUACGAUGAUUGCAACGGACACCCCACCGGACUAGGACAGAUUAUCAUUAAGAAUGAGGAUGAAGCGUGGCGUACUUACCACAGGUUGUCAAUCAACGGGUGGAAUGGCAAUUGCUUAACGGUUACGCUAUCACUCGCAAGUGCGCCAACCAAACCCAUUGCAGGGCCUACCAGGAGUCCAUCCACAGGCAGAGUCCCAUACACUGCUGGGGGAUUCUCGAAUCCUCAGAGAUGUGCACCCCCGGUUUCGACCGCGACAAGCACUAUGCCCCCUGAGAAUCUUUCGCCCCCUCCGCCCUAUGCUCCAUCACCAGAGUAUUCGCACUUUGUCACCAAUACAAAUACGCUUUGUCAUACUCCACUCGUUUCCUUUACUACGGAUGUACUAGGUUACCAGUUCCCCGUGAUUUACCCCAGUGACAUUCACUUUCCCAUGCAAGCCUCGGUUCUAGGCCCGCAAUUUGAACCCUCGCCGAUCGGAGUCCACAGGUAUUCCAUAUCAACUUGUAUCCAGCCCCUUUACGAACUAUAUGGUCACAUUAUACCCCGUCAAACCUGUAAUGCCAACAACAACGUUAACAUACCUUGCGAAGAUUCUAGAAUGUCACCCUCGUGCAGCAUAUUCAUACAGAAUCUUGCCAGUGACACCACGUGGCAAUAUUUAAAAGAUCAUCUUCGGAAAGCGGGUAUUGUAGAGAGAUGCGAUAUUCGCGAAGAUCGAAAAGGGGGGGGUCGUCGAUCAAGGGGAUAUGCGACGGCAACGGAUCAAGAAUUCGUGUUCGGUUCGAUCGGGGAUAAUGGACGAAGCUGCAGCUUUACUGGGAAUGGUGGUAGUAAUGGUAACGCGAAUGGGAGCGGUGCGGACUCUCCUUCUCAUGUCGAUCGGAACAAGAAUAUGGCUGAAAGCGGAAGCACAAAUGAACGUGGAUCUGGAUCUGGAUCUGGAAAUGGGAACAGAGAUGGGAACGUUGUGAAAACGAGUUCAUCAGUAACCGCACCUUCACCAACCGAUCCAAAGUCACCCACGGUUGUGACUAGUUCUGUGCCGAAAUCCAGUGAGUCCAGGUCCCCGAAGAGAAGUGAGCCAUUAGUCGUCAACGGAUCGAGGGUUGGAUUGAGAGCUGGGAGAUCCAGAGGCGAGAAGGUUGGCUGCGAAGGUGAACUUGGGCGAAAGAUCCAAGAGAUUCAACUGUGA